AUGAGUGUAGAUGCCGAUACAGCCCACACCAGCGUCCCAGUCGAAGCCCCAGUCGAACCGAACAGCGACCACUCAACCCGUGCAGACGGCCCGGCGACCAAGGUCAAGAAGCAAGCCUCCACAAAGUUGUCAGGGCUGCCUCAGUGGCUGGCCCAGCCGAUCACCAUCUCCCCGUAUCUCACGCACGAUGACGAGUCCUCGAUCCACAACCCCAAAUGGAGCCUGUCGCCCAAAAUCAUCAAGCGGCUCGAGGAAAACUCAGUGCACCACCUGUUCCCGGUCCAGAAGGCCGUCCUGCCUCACCUACUCUGUACCCGGUUCUCGUCGGCGCCUGUUUCGCCCGGCGACUUUUGCGUGUCGGCCCCAACGGGCUCGGGCAAGACUCUGGCCUAUGUGCUCCCGAUCGUCGAGACGCUGGUGGCGCGAAUCAUUCCUCGGGUUCGAGCCCUGGUCAUUCUGCCGACCCGGGAUCUGGUCAGCCAGGUCCGCACGACCUUUGAGCAGUACAUCAAGGGAAGCGACCUAAAGCUGGCUGUACUCACAGGCCAGACAUCGUUCGGGCUGGAGCAGAGCCAUCUCGUCAACGCCGACGCCGACGAUGUGGCGACUGAGGGCGUGGCUGGGUCGAGUCGAGUCGACAUUGUCAUUGCCACCCCCGGCCGGCUCAUGGAUCACCUCCGGGGCACUCCGGGAUUCACACUACGCCAUCUGCGCUUCCUCGUCAUUGACGAAGCCGACCGCUUGCUCAACCAAAGCUACAACGACUGGCUGGUCCAUGUGCUGAAGGCGGCCGAGUCUGCCCCAGACCACAGCAACGAAAAGCGAGAAGCCAGCAGCAGCCACAGCAACAGCAUCAACAGCAUUCGAGAGCACCCCUGCAAACGGAUAGCCUGGGCCUUCCUGUCCACACCGCGCGGACACUGCGCAACUCAGCAGCCGACUCAGCAUCCUCAGGCACAAGCGCAGAAGUUGCUCUUCUCGGCGACACUCACUCGCAACCCCGAGAAAAUUGCGUCGCUGCGGUUGCAUGAUCCCAAGUACAUUGCCGUCUCCAAAAUGCAGCUCCUGUCGAGCGGCGCGGCUCUUGAACCCCAGGACGAGGCCGAGGCCGACGCUGACGGAUCUCGAUACGCAGCUCCAGUCACGCUGCGCGAGCACCUUGUUGUCGUUGAAUCGGCCGGCGAAAAGCCCCUGCUGCUGCUGCACUUGCUCUUCAACCUGGGCACGUCCGGCGUCCUGGUCUUUACCAAGUCGGUGGAGGCCGCCCAUCGUCUUGCCGGCCUCCAAGAAGCGACCCCCAACUCGAACCAGGCCACCGACACGCCAACGACGUAUGCCCGAGCCUUCUCGUCUGACCUGUCUGCUGUCGAAAAGAAGCGUACGCUCUCGGCCUUCCAGACCGGCAAGCUCCCGGUGUUGGUGUGCUCAGACGUGAUGGCACGAGGUAUCGAUCUCGGAGUAAGCGUCCGUGCAGUCGUCAACUACGACGUUCCGACCCGCGCCAAGACCUACGUCCAUCGCAUCGGCCGAACCGCCCGGGCCGGGAGAGAGGGCGACGCCUGGACAUUCGUGGAGAGCCGCGAGGCACGAUGGUUCAAGCGCGAGGUCGUGCGCAAGGUCGAUCGGUCCAGCAAAGUGAUCCGCGACAAGCUCGACCAGCAACAGAUCCGCAAGCUGCAUGCCGGAUACGAGCGGUCGCUGGAGGAGCUUGGGGAUCUUGUCAAGGGUGUCAAGCGGAAUGUUUCCGACACAACUCCCAGCGCCCCGAACGCAAAGAGCCAGUCUGAUUCCGAUAGCGAUUCCGAUAGCGACUCGGACAGCGAUUCUGAUGGUGAUUCUGAUGAUGAUUCUAGUGGUGGCGAAGUCGAGGAGCACUUGGCGGCCCCACAACAGAGUCACAUCGGUAUGGAUUAUGAGCCACAGCCGGCACUGUCGGGCACAUCUUGCGGCGAGCAAGACCAAGCAACCGGCAAACGCCCCGGACGGUUUGACGAUCUGAUUGGACAUGCCUUCAAACGGCCGGCUCUUGACAGUCACUCUCUCUUGCCGACUCGGCCAGAUGGAGGCGUGAGUGGAUGGCUGCUCGGAUAA